AAUUUCUCCCAGAACUAUAAAAAUUAUGAUUUUUAGGUAUAUUAAUAACAAACAAAUCAUUAAAAGCCUUGUUGAAUGAUUUAAAAUGCAAGAAUAUUUCUUAUAUAAUGACACGAAAAGUUAACCAGGAUGUAGUUGAAAACAUGUUUAGCUUUCUCAAAGGAAUUUGUGGAGCAGCACUGAAUAAUAUUACACCGUUACAAUUUAAAUAUGCUCUCAGGUGGUACAUUUUGGGAAAACAUUCAACCGCAGUAUACACUGAGAAUAAAAAUACAGAAGAUGGCAUAGAAAAUAGCUUAAUUUCAGGUGAAGAGUGUGUUACUAGUUCAAUGUUUAGGCAAUCUGAGGUAUUAAUUAAUGAAACUGACUAUUCACAAAAUGAAGAACUGGCAAAUAUUAUGAGUGUUGAAGGUUCAGUUACAAUUAAAAAUGUGGAUAUGAAUAUACUGGAUCUCUUUGAAAAGAAUAUUGAAAAUGAAGGAUCAUUUGGAGACAUAGAAAAUAAGUGCGUUGAAUAUGUAGCUGGAUAUGUAGCACAUCGCUUCAUCUAUAAAUAUCCAUACCUGAAGAAUGAAGAAUGCAAUAGUACACAGGAGACAUCAUGGAUUCAACAUUUAUCUUAA